AUGGUCGAAUUACCGGUCUACGUUGGUUCAGUCUCUGCCGAAGAAUUGGAUAACUUCGAUGAGAAGCUUGUCGCAAGUUCCAAACGGAUCGCGUCUGAUGCUCGCAACGGGGACAUCCUGCGCCAGCACAUCAUUGACUGCCCUUACAUUACCGUCGUUGGCAAACCUUUUGCAACUCUGGCAGAGAAGCUCGAAAAACAUGAAAAAGCUCGCCUUGCUGCUCGGUGGGAGGCGCUCGGUGCAGAUGGUCUUGCCAAUGCAGAGCGGGAGUUGGAAGCUGCAAAACUGAACAGCAUCUCCUGGAUACCUGUCCGGCGCGUUCAAGAGCCUGAUGACACCCCUCUCGUUGUUUGA